AUGAAGUUCAAUCCCGACGUGUCCUCCUCCCGGCGCAAGUCGCGCAAGGCGCACUUCUCGGCACCUUCGUCCGUCCGGCGAAAGAUCAUGUCCUCCGCGCUGGCGAAGGAACUUCGAGCUAAACACAAUACUCGAUCACUACCAAUACGUAAAGAUGACGAGGUCCGGAUUGUGCGGGGAAAGUACAGGGGUCGGGAGGGCAAGGUGACGCAGGUGUACCGUAAGAAGUGGGUGAUCCACGUCGACCGUGUUCAGCGUGACAAAUCGAACGGCGCAACGGUGCCUAUUGGCAUUCACCCCAGUAAUGUGGUUAUUACUACCAUCAAGCUGGACAAGGACAGGAGGGCAAUCCUGGACAGAAAGGACAGGAAAAAGACCAGCAAACUCUCUGUGGGCUGA